CGAUCUUUACCAUUGUGGGAGUGGCUCAUUUCACAGCUAGCUAACUCUAAACACACUGCUGUACAUGGUGCAAGGAGGAUCAAGUUAUCUAUUGAACAAAGAAGACGCUACCUAGAGGACCUGUUAGCAGGUAGUGAUGUAUGCUUUGAAGGCUCGAGAGAAGCUCCACAAGCGUCAAAAAGAUGACCACAAGGACCGGCAUAGUGGGGGGGAUCGGCACAGUGGGGUGGAUCAUGGGAGGCCAUCGAGAGACAGAAGGCAGCCCAGCACCACCAGCAGAGAUGCUAAGUACAUAGGCACCUUUUCCAUUGAGAUGAAGCCAAGUUGGAAGAAUGACAUUGGAAAGGCUGUCAAACACCAUCUAUCCAAACUCAAGACAAAGGACUCGAGUAGCUGUCAGCUUCCAGUCUCAAUCCUUAUCAACAUGGAAGGGGUCAAAGUCCUCUCGGCAGACGGACGUGAUCUGAUAAUGGCCCACGCUCUGCGGAGGAUUCUCUACUGUAGUGUGGACAGCAAGAAGCACCUGUUUGCCAUGGUGUCAAGCAACCCAGAGACAGGCCCCGAGGGGAUUUUCUCUCAUGUGUUUGCUACUGCCAAAAAAGACCAGGCUAACGAAAUCAACGAGCUGGUCGGCAAAGCUUUCAAGACCAGUUUCACGAAGAAAAGCCUCAGGAGACACAAACAGAAUGUCAAGGACACUCCAUGGAAAGUAGUCACGCCCCAAGCACCACCGCCACAGCUCACAGUGACCAAUGAUCGCCCCCUUCCAUCUGCUCCCCUCCCAUCUGCCCCACCCCCUGAUAUUGCCCCUCCUCUGGAUUUCCCUCCACCUAGAUCUCCCCUGGCCUACAACGUAGACCACCUCCUCAUAGAAGCCGGACUACUAGAGGCUGAUAUUGGGAGGAUGAGAGCAAGAAUCGCUGAGAUUGAUACUCAGAUAAGAGCUGUGUCAGGAGUGGAGGACGCAGUGGUACAGCUCACAGUACAACUGUCCACUAUUCACCAACAGGUGGAACUCAAGACUCGACGACUUGCUGUAGUACAACAAGAGAUACAAGCGACCGAAGCGGCGACCAGUCUACCAUCUUAUGAGGGGCUGUAUCCGACCAUCCCCACAGUGGAGUUAGCUGGGAUAUCUUUGGAGGAUGCUGAUUGGUUCCAAGAAGGGUUGCCACGAGAGAUUGCCAUGGAGAUACUGUCGUAUCAGCCAGAGGGUGGGUUCAUAGUUCGACGGAGCAGUAGCAACCCAGGAUCUUAUGCUCUCUCCCUGAAAGCCCCUCAGGGCAUCGUCCAUUACCUCAUCGAGAAUGUCCCUCCGUAUGGAUUUAAAAUUCAGGGCGGACAAACAGUGAUGCCGUCACUGGUUGAGCUAAUCCAGCACCUCACAGUCUACAAAGAGAGCCUCCCCUGUACACUGAGCCUGGACACAUCCAACCCAAACUUCCUACCCGGCAGGGGGGCGGGGCAAGACAGUGACAGCGAUCCUGAUGACAUUGACUUCGGACAACCCACUCAGUACCAUCUGCUGCAAUAGAAAACUAACAGCUAUGUAUAAUAAACAAAAAUGCAAUUUUCUUUUUUAAUUCAUCAUGUUUUUUAAUUAGCCAACUAUAUUAAAUGUUGUGUUAUUAUUAUUUUGACUUUCCUAUUGACAUAGUUAUCAAAGUGAA